AUGCUUAAUGGUGCAUUGAAAGAUUUACACCGAGAAAUCAAACCUCCUGACAGGAUCCAUAUCCUCAAUGAGAUAUUGAGGGAGAUUGUCAAGAUAGGCGAAAUUCCAGGUGCCGAGACAUGCGAAUCAUGUGUUAUUCAAGCGCCGAGCAUUUCCCCUAAUGCAGGCGAAACCAUAGCUCCCCGACAAGCCGAAAAAUCCUCCGGAAUGCAAAAAAGUAUAGCGACUUUGCAAAGACUGGCGAAGAUAAUACAGGGCCAACAACGUGAUAUAAAAUUCCUCAAGAUGAAUAUGGCACAAUUGAUUGGAGUCCAAACUUCACCACAUAAUACUCUCGCUACUGACCUUGAGCAAUCAAAUGAGUCGUCUAAACAACAUCAACGGCAACAUGUCGACCCUCAGUCCGAAAGCCAGACAGAUUUGCAGGGGCUAAGCGUGACGAGUCCAUACCGAUAUCACCACGGAACAACGGACUUAUACAAUUAUGACUCAGGAUACACACUGAAUUGUUUUCCGGGUGCUGAACGUCCAAAUCGGCAGUUGACAACUGGGCCUGUAUCAUUGCGACACAACUCGUUCGUGCAAAUCCUACCGCAUCCCGAUGGUUUAAAGCAACUGGACACUGGGCGCCGGGAAAGAGGGAGUCAUAAUCCCUGGGCCGAGGAAAAAUACACUUUCAUCGAAACUCUUCGUACGCAUGGAGUGUCGUGGCCGAUUGUGAAAACUGCAUUCCAAGAAAAAUAUCGCGAGAAUUGUAGCGUUGAAAGUCUCCAAAUGCGAUUACUGAGGCGAGUCAGGGGAAAUAAAGGCAACCAGAAGAAUGCAAGAACCCUAGCGAGCAAUAAAAAGAGAUAG